AUGAGGAUUCGGAAGAACACGGAGCUCUCAUCGAUACUUUUAGCGACUGCAGGCAUCGGCGGAGAAAAACUGGAGACAUAUGUCUGUCACCUUAACCAGUCUCCGUGGGAUGUGACGAUUCCCGUGGCUUUCUCCGGCGACCGGGUUGGUGCCGCCGAGUUCAGUAACCUGCCCGACUCGUCGUGGUUCGUCCCUUCCCCAACGUCUUCUCCUCCGCCUCUCAUUCAUCAGUUGGACAAAGAAGACAGCUCCGAUGGGAAUGAGAGCUUGGGCAAUUCUAAUGGAGCUGCUCAGAGGUUAAAUUGCUCCAUGGAAAACAAUCACAGCGUCGAGACACUUAAUCUCCUUGCGGCGAUGGACGAUUACGAGAGAUCGCCUGACGUUGAAGAUCCAAUGGAUCGGAGCGAUGACAGCGACAAGAAAUCCGAAUCCGUCGAGCCUAAUUCGCCGGUAAAAACCUCCGGCGACGAGGAACAAGUGGCUGUUUCGGUGCCUGCGCCGCCCAAACGCGGGCGGCCACGUGGUAGUGGCAAGAAAGCUCAAGCACACACCGCGACGAAUAAUCCUUACGAGUUUUACUAUUACUCUGGUUUCGGGCCACGGUGGGGGAGAAAAAGAGGCGGCAACGGCGACGAGGAGAUGGUUAACCUCAAGAGCUGCGAGAAUAAUAUGAUUAUGAGCCAGAAGAGUAGUAGUAGUAGUAAUGGUGGUGAAGAGAGUGAUAAAACGGCGGCGUUUGGAGAUGGGAGUAAUAGUUUUGAUGGGUUUGAUUAUAUGGAAGAGGAUUUCGAGGUGGUGGACCAAGACAGUGAUCAUGCGACUGAGAAGAAGAAGAAGAAGAAGAAAAACGAUACGGUGAUGAAGAAGAGAGGUCGGAAACCCGUAAAGGAAAGGUCUUUGAAGUCCCUCAUGUGA